AUAUGCUCUAUAAAACCCAUGAACAUUGUCUGGUGAAAUUACCCCGUGAUUUGAGAGAGUGAGAGACAAUGCUUUCCCACAUUUCUCUCCUCCUGAUCCUCAUCUGGUGCACAGGAUGCUGUGGUGCUGUUCUCAGUGUCACAUACCGGGAAAUGUUGCCCCAGUUUCAGUACUAUGAUGUCUGGUGGCCUUUUAUUAACAGCUUCUCAUGUCUUCCACAAUCGGCGUCACAGCAAAGAAUCCGUUUUCUGUUGUACACACCGGAGAAUCCGACGUCACCACAGCUGCUGGACCCUAUGAAUGUUACCUCCGUGAAAAACUCCAACUUCAACACCCAACGACCCACGAAAUUCAUUGUACACGGAUACUCUGGUUCUGCCAACAAUAAAUGGGUUCAGGACAUGGUGAAAGAGAUGCUGACGCAGAAUGUCAACAUCAUCGCUGUAGACUGGAAAAAAGGCGCCCAGGGACCUAACUACUACCAGGCCACGGCCAACACUCGGGUUGUCGGCAACUACAUCGCGACUCUCAUCUUGUUGCUUGAGAAGCUGGGUGUCCCCAUGUCCGCCGUCCACGUGAUUGGUCACUCGCUGGGCGCGCAGAUAGCGGGCUACACUGGCCAUGGCCUGGACGGGAGGCUGGGAAGGAUUACAGGUCUGGACCCUGCUGGCCCCAAUUUCGAAACGUACGACAGGCUUGUGAAACUGGACAAGGACGACGCGCAGUUUGUCGACGCCAUCCACACCAACGCCAAAUCUCUCGUGCUGGGGGGUCUCGGAACUGCGGAAAUGUGCGGUGACGCCGAUUUCUUCCCCAAUGGAGGCGUUGACAUGCCCGGAUGUGCGGAUGGCGGAACCCUUCUGCUCAAAACGCUCAGUGGCCUGCUUACUGGACAAGUAAAAGAUGCUAUCGGCGCGCUUGCCUGCAACCACAUGAGGGCCACCAGCUACUUCACGGCCAGCAUCAGAAGCAACCCGUUUGUGGCCUACCCGUGUGCCAGCUUGAGCGAGUACAAGUCAGGGCAUUGCACGUCAUGUGCCGAAGGUUGUUCUAACAUGGGGUACCAUGCUUCCAGUAAUAGUUCUGGUCUCUAUGUGCUGAGCACUGGCUCCUCCUACCCGUACUGACACCUCGACCACAGUAAAGUAGAUGGAAAGGUACCGGUGCCUCUCGAGCAGACAGUCUGGUCCUUUCCCUGAUGGCGACUUUACCUUUGAUCUCCAAAGGUUGUGCUUUAAAUUAGUCUGAUGGUCUUAACCAUAGAAGCUGUGAAUAAUGUCUUGUACUUACCAUCAUUAAUAAAGCACUAACAGCUUCAAAAGUUA